AUGUCUCCUCUGCUACUUGUCGGCCUCUUCUUUCUUAUUCACUCUCCUUUUUUUGUAGUUACGAUACAGUUCAGAAUUAGAACAGAUUCAGUUCUAGAAGUUACAGCACCUAGUGGGGUUUUCUAUCCUUUAUGUGCGUCUUCUAUUAAUGAUGAAUACUUGAGAAUAGCUUGUUCAAUAGAUAGGACUUCCGCUGCCCCACUUGCUUCUCCCCAGCAGAUUGUGAGAAGCAAAGAUGUGUAUUCCAUUGCAUGUGUCUCCAAUAUUACAUGUUUCACAUUCCAAUCACCUUUUUGUAGUCAAAUUGUGAAAGUUACUUGUCCCAUACAAGAUGCUAGAGAGAACAAACCUUUAUGUAAUCCUAGCCAUUAUCAGCUCUCUAAUAAAUGUGUGUCAAUUGGAAAGGUAUUGUACGACAACUAUGCUGAAGCGAAGAAUACUUGCCCUGUAUCUGCGCUUUCAUCACUCACCAGAGAGAACGAUCGUCUCGUUCUUCUCCAUCAUCUCUCCGUUCACUAUGAUUCUACUAUUGCGUAUUUCACAUCCGGCUUCCGAAGUGGUUCGGAGUGGGUUUGGGAGGAUGGAUCAUCAAUCAAUUUUCCGUUAACAGGCAGUGGGAGGUGUAUGGCUGUAGUGAACGGAAAUUACUCGGCUUAUGAUUGUGAAGAACCGGGAAGUGUAAUCUGUGAGAGUGGUUUAGAAUGCGUAUCCAGUCAAGGAUACUUUGGCCUUUUCAAUAUUUCCCGUACAGGAGCACCUUGUAUGCGAUGGAACGAUCCGUCAAUAGUGUUCUAUGGCGUCAAAUUUCCAGAACAAAAAGAUUGGAAUCAUAACUAUUGCCGUGUAAUCUCGGAUGAUAAAAGAAAUGCUGAGUGUUAUAUCGCUCCGAAUCAGAGAGAGAUCUGUGAUAUUGAACCAUGUCCAACACUUGGAGAGUUCCGCGAUGAAACAGACAAAGCAAAAUAUCAAUGUUCUAAUACGGAGUUCCAAUGUGGAGAUAGCAGAUGUAUCUCUCAAGAUUUUCGCUGUGAUUACGAAAAAGAUUGUUCAGACGGUAGUGACGAGCUACAUUGUGGUGAUUAUCUGCAAUCUUUCGAACUUAUUGGCGCUAUGAGACUUGUAGAGAAAAUAACAGAAAUUUGGAACUUUAUUCCUCAUGUUCAAGGAUGUGCCAAGAGAUGUUUGGACAGUUCUUUGAUAUGUGAGGCCUUCUCAUAUGAGCCUAGAUUACAAACUUGUCUCUUAACCGAUUCUACUAUGAUUUCAACUAAUCUUAUCACCAAACCAACAUCCCUCUACUACAGAAGAAGAAUACCGCAAAAAGAGGUUGAGUUCUCCAGAAAUACUACUUCACACGUACUGCUGGCUUCGAGAAACGGUACUUGGAAAGCUGUUUGUGACGAUAAUUAUUCGAACGAUUACAAAACAUCAAUAUGUUCUAUAGCAGGCUUCAAGAGAGCAAUUGAUCUUAGUUUCAUUGAUAGUCCUAACUAUCUUGAAAAUGGGUGGAGUGUACAAUGUUUACGCAUGAAUACUUGUGUUUCCACUUCAUCUUGUCUUCCGAUAAGGUGCUCGGAUUGCGAAGAUGCCGUUUGUGGAGAUGGCACAUGUAUUCCAAACGAAAAACUCUGUAACGGUAAAAAUGAUUGUCCUGAUGGUUUUGACGAGAAGUAUUGCAGAGAAGUUAACUUACGGUUUGCUAAUGGAACUGAAAACAGUGGGUCAGUAGAAGUGUACUUAUCCGGUAAAUGGGAGCCAGUUUGUGCUACCGGUGUAGACAAUAAUGCUGCCACAAAAAUUUGUUCUGUCAUGCAACUAAGUGGAGAAGCUUCCUCGCUUGUACCUACAUCCCUAUCAGGAAGAGGGCGCCAGUUGGACUGUAAGGGUGAAACAUGUUCGAUUUCCGUUUCCACCGAAUGUGCCCAACAAGCGCGUGUAAGGUGCCCUUCUAUUGCAACAGAUUCAACUGCCAUAUGUGGACGAAGAAAAGUGGAAGUGAACGCAAAAGAUCCAGCGAGAGAAAGGCUAGCGCGUGUUGUUGGUGGGUUUGAAACCGCUGCUGGUGCUUUUCCCUGGACUGCUGCAGUGAAAGUUCGCUCGAAUGCUGCUCAUCACUGUGGUGCAAGCAUUUUGGAUCGCACCCAUUUGAUUACAGCGGCUCAUUGCUUCGAAGAUGACAGAAGACCAUCAACUUAUUAUGUCGUUGCUGGAGACUGGGACAAUAAUAACACUGAGGGUACUGAACAAUCGUUCAAUAUCAUUAGGAUACACUUCUACCCAUUGUACGAAGAUCUUUUCGCACACGAUCUCGCCAUCUUGGAAAUUCCUUCACCUGGAUUUGAGUGGACAGAUUUCGUUCAGCCAAUAUGUUUACCACCCAGAGAUUUCAGUUACGAUACAGGAACAAAAUGUAUAGUUUCUGGAUGGGGAAGUUUGGGAUUAGAGUACCCAACUCGCCUACAGGCUGCAGUUUUGCCUAUCAUAGAUCGAAGUUCCUGCAAAAAUUCUUCAAAAAUUUACGACUCAAUGAGCCGAUCAGCAUUUUGUGCCGGAUAUUUAGAAGGUGGUAUCGACUCUUGCCAAGGAGAUUCUGGGGGACCAUAUGCAUGUCUGAACAAAGAAGGACGAUAUGUACUAUCUGGAGUUAUCAGUUGGGGAGACGGCUGUGCUCAAAAGAACCAGCCUGGUAUUUACACGAUGGUAGCGCCUUACUUAACUUGGAUAGAGGAUACGAUUUCCAGCACUAGUAGAUAG